AUCAGUUGGGCUCAAAGAGCCUAAAGAGGACACAGGUUACAUUCAUUCAGGUUUAAUUAUCAACUACCCCAACUUGAUUUUUUAGGACUGAAUGUACUAUACAUAUUUAUAGGCAUACCAGAACUCUCUCAGAGAAAGACAAAUAGCAAAGGGAGAUAUUUCUUUUCUGAAAGUGACUUAUACAGCAUAAGCAGAAAAAAUAUGAAAAUUAUUCUGGUAUUAUUCUUCAUGAUUUCUCAAGGAAUUUCAGCUAGACUGGAUGAUUAUAUUUACUUGGAAUCAGCAACUCCUGAGCCUAAGUCAAGGUUUGCUAUGUCUGAUGAUGUGCGUUUGCUAGCCACCGGACUACUCCAGCUUGGGCGUGGCCUUCAAGACUUUGUGAUCAAAACCAAGAGCCAAAUGGAUGAUAUCUUUCAAAGACUUAACAUUUUUGACCAAUCCUUUUCUGAGAUCUCACAACAAACCAGUGAAAUGAAAGAAGAAGAACAGCAAUUAAAAAAAGCCUCAAGUAGAUUGCAAGCAACCAAUGAAGAAAUGAGAAAUCUAUCUUUGCAGCUUAACUCCAAAAUAGAAGUCCUUUCCAUGGAAAAGAUACAACUAAAGAAUAAAGUAGGGAAGCUUGAAGAAAAAAUAACUAAAUUGGUUCAGACCCAGCUUGAAAGUCAUGAGCUAGAAGAAAUUACAUCACUUAAAAAUUUUGUUGAGCAGCAAGAUAACCAUCUCAGACACCUUCUCAAAAUCGUUCAACUGCAACAUGUUCAGCUCACAAAACAGCAAGAGCAAAUAAGGGACCUGGAGGAAAAGAUAAGCAGCCCUGGUUUUCAAGAUGAUUCACAAAUAUUUUCUCUGAAAGAUGACGACAGAAAUCCUGAACUUAAAAUAACAGCUAAAAAUAGCAAUUCUGGAGGUAAUGCUACUGAUUGUACCUGGAUUUACAACACAGGGGAAAGAUCUAAUGGGAUUUAUUCUAUUAAGCCCAAUGGAUCCAAAGCAUUUAAUGUUUGUUGUGAAAUGGAAGGAGAAAAUUCAUGGACAAUUAUUCAGAAGAGAUCUGAUGGAUCAAUAGAUUUCAACCAAACUUGGGAGAGUUAUAUAGAUGGGUUUGGUAAUCUUGAUGGAGAAUUUUGGCUGGGCCUUCGUAAGAUCUAUUCCAUUGUAGACCAAGCUGGCUACAUUCUGCGUAUUGAGCUUGAAGAUUGGAAAGCUAACAAACGUCAUAUUGAGUAUACAUUCCAAAUGGGAGGUCCAGAAAGAGAUUAUGCGGUCUUUCUCUCUAGGAUUACUGGGAAUAUUCCAAAUGCUCUGCCUGAACAGAAAGAGAUUAAAUUUUCUACAAAAGAUCAUGGCAACAACACUGAAAGAAAGCUUAACUGUCCGGAAAGUGACUCAGGUGGCUGGUGGUACAGUGUAUGCGAAGCAACCAACCUGAAUGGAAAGUACAUCAAGCCAAGUUCAAAAGGAAAACUACAGAGGAGGAAGCGAGGACUGUAUUGGAAGCCUCAGAAAGGAAAAUCUUAUCUUCUCAGGUCAACCAAACUGAUGAUACAUCCUACAGAUUUUGAAACAUUUGACUGAACAUCAUCAUUCAAAGUUUACCUAGUAAAUUGCAAGCUACUUCUCAGAAUCCAGUGACAGCCCUUUCUGGUGUCAAAGCAAAUCAGAUUAAGGAUGUAAUCAAACCAUAAUAAUAAUCUUUAUUUGGACAUA